AUGCACCACGCCUUGUCGACGCUCGUGCAGCGCGCCGCCGCGCGCUCUCUGCUUCGUCCGUCACAAUUGACGCGUCCACUUGGGUGCAUGAGGCUAUCGUCUUUGACGUCGGCCCCAGAACCUCCUUAUCGCGUGUAUGUGGGAAACCUGUCGUACCGGGUGACGGAAGGCGACCUCGCGUCCAUCUUUUCGAAUUGCGGCAACAUCGUGCACGUGAACAUCGUCAAGAACAGCGUAACCCUUCAGUCCAAAGGAUUCGGGUUCGUCGAGUUUGAUGCCCCAGAGUGCGUCGACGAAGCGCUCCGUGUCGGUGGAACCGUGGCCGCCGGCCGCCUGCUGGUUGUGAAACCCGCCACCCCUUCGCCCGCCGACACGUUUGCCAAGCACAUUCCGCCUCCGUCGUCGCCUCCCAGUUUAGGACCAAACCCAUCCAAGGUGUAUGUUGGUAACCUCACGUUCACCAAGAACGAAGCCGAUAUUGCGGAACUCUUCCACGCGUGCGGCCCCAUCAAGCACUUGAAUCUUGUUCGUGAGGCCGACACGGGCCGAUCCAGGGGAUUUGGAUUUGUCGAAUUCGAGUCUCCUUCUUGUGCGCAAGUGGCGCUGCAGCUGCAUGGCGCGACCAUCGACGGUCGCACGCUGAUCGUGAAGGAGACCUUGUUACCUCACACGCCCGUUGUGACCCAUGUCCCCGACACCGUGUAUGUGUCGAGGUUGCCCGAGAACGUGCUCGAGUCGGACCUGCGAGACAUGUUUAGCCACUGCGGCACCAUCGACUCGGUGCGCAUCUCGCACUCGCCCGACUUUUCCCAAACGUUUGCCCAUAUCAAGUUUGCGUCAGUCGACAGUGUCGAGCCAGCGAUGCAGUUGACUGGCGCCGAUUUUGACGGCGAGGUGGUUGUCGUUCAAAAAGCCAUGCGUCGCACGUCGAAGCCUUAGUGUGCCUUUUUCAAAUCUCCAUUUAAUAGACUGUACUGCUGCUUCAUCAUACACCACUGACGUCCCGUUGCCGGCACGAUUGGACGUCCCACCAGGCGGCAACCCACAUAUUUCGAGCUGCAUGCGUCAUCAAGUGCCUGGCGAUAAGGAGAGUUGAUCUCGGCAAUCUGCGCUGUUCAAGGACAAGACCGUCAAAAUGGCCAUGCGUUGUUCACAUGGCGUACGAGGUCACAACAGCGUUGGAUCUUUGAUGGUUGAGAAUUCGAUGGGCAGAUUUGAACCUGCGGCGUCAAGGGUCAUGCUUGGUGUGUGGGUGGUGGGCAUGUUGAGGUCUUGCACUGGGUUGGAUAGGUUCUGUGGUGGUGGGACAGUAAUCAGGGCGAUGCGCUUCUUGGCCUUUUUGGCCAGUCGUGGCGAGGCUGGAGUUGACUCCGUUGAGGUGGCCGAUGCUGCCGAUGGAAUGAUGUCGUCGGCUGCAAAGGAAGGAGCUGCGAGGGUCAACACGUCAUGUGGCGCUUCCUUCGAGAGACAAGGUGUCGUCGGGCUACCGCUCGUUCGACUUCGCUUGAUGCCGAUCGAAUUUUGGACUGGGUUCGCUGACACCUCCACAACAUCGCAGUCGUCGUCGUCGUCGAUCGUGAGGUCGACAGUUGCAGGAAUUGAUGGCGCCGCCUCAAUCACCACAUUCUGUGCCACCUGGAUUUCAUCUAGUGCGUAGUGGAAUUUCGCCACAGACGGGGCAGCGUCCCCAUGAGUCUCGGGGGCGGUGGUGGAAGAGUCAUUGGUUGGCGACGGUCGUUGUGUUCGCUCGAGCUCGUCCGCCUUGGCCUGUUCAGCCGUGUAAUGUUGAAACAACUUGUGCAGGUCCGACUCGAGAGAGGUUUUAAAUCCGUUCUCGGCUUCGAUGGCGCGCGUGGCCGCGAUGAAAUCGGCGUCAAACGCGGCGGUGUGCUCGUCCAGAAAUCGUUUCCACCCCGCCAGAAUCGUUUGCUUGACUUGCGAUGCAUCGGGCACGACAUCGGGGGUCGCGCCGGUCUCAACCAUGUCGUCGAUUUCGUCUGCAUCGUCGUCGUCCAGCCGUGAAGGCGACACAUCAUCGGUUUGCGCCACUUGAGGGAGUUCCUCCUUGACAUGAAACACUCCAAACAAUUGCGACGUUGUCGCCAGGUCGGCCUCCGUGAGCUCGCUGUCGUCGACUAGGUCAUUGUCUUCGCACUGUAAACAUCCUGUUUGCUUGCCGUCGUAUGCUUCUGCACACGAACGAUGGUAGACGCCGUCGCAAUCGGGACAUUGCACUCUCGAGGUCUUGACGCCGUCAGGAGCUUCGCGACAUUCGCAGAUGAAGCAUGGCUCGUCCGGAACUGGCCUCCUCCGCCGCCGCUUGGCGUGGUAUUCGUCAUCGUCGGUGGCAUUGCCGUCGCUCCGUGUGAGAUCGACACAACAGUCGUCGUCGUCAUCGUCCACACUGCUCUCGUACUCGCUGGCGGCGUAAUCGUCGGGGUUUUGAAGGAAAUACAUAUCAAUAUGGCCGAAAUACGGACUAGGGGCAGCUUUCUUCUUUGCCAGAGUCUUCGUUUUCGGUCCCAGGGCGGCCCCGGCAGGACGAUUCUUGGCAUUGUCUGACGAUGCAGUUGGCGUAUCAGCAGUACUCGCAGAUUGCAACAGUGUUACGAUUGGAAAGUCGUUGGGUCGAAAGCGACAUCGUGCAAAUGUUCGCGAAAGUAGCACGCCACGUUCGUCGGGCACUGCUUGAAAUAUGCCAUCGCCUUCCGUUGCAACGACUCGUGGGUCAUCUUCACGGAGAUCGUCCGAUACGUCGUCGUCCGACGACUCUGUGUCGUCGCUGAUCUCUUCGGCGUCUUCAAUUUGCUUGAGUCGCUGUCGUUCUCGCUCUUCAUCCGACGACAGAACUUCGACGAUUGCCGCUUCCGUAGACUUGUUCUUGAGUUUUCGCGAUCGCAGGGUCGUUCGUGUCGCACCCAGACUCAAGGAUAGCGUGAUAUUGCACCGGUCGCACCAUUUGGAUUCUGUGGCAAAGAUGGGGAUGUCGCAUCCGCUGCAUCGGGCGUUCCCUCGACGGCGCAUACUCUCAACGUUUCCCGCGACAGAUCCCGCCCGACACGUUCG